GAGUGACGUCAUCUGUAAUGGACCGGUCGCGCGCGCUUGUUUUCGGAACAGCCAGUGACUGGAGAGAGUCAGUCAGACCAGAUGGAAGUGAAAGAGCAAAGACAAGAAAAAAAAUUAAAUAAAAACACAGAAAAAAAGUAAGAAGGACAAACUCCAGGUGUUGCAGCUGAAAUCUGUGUGACUGUUAAAGAUGGAGUUUAUUAAAGAGGAGAUUGAAGACAUCAGUGAUCCAGAACCAUCCAGAAUAAAAGAUGAAGAAACUGAGGAACAAAUAGACCAGGUGGAAGUGAAACAGCAAAGAGAAGAACUUAAUGAAGAGGAGGAGGAACAUCAUAACUUUAAAAUUCAAAGAACAAAUGCCAACAAGCUGCACACCUGCACUCAGUGUGGAAAGAGUUUCACAGAAAAAGGAUACCUUAACAAACACAUGAGAAUUCACACUGGAGAAAAACCGUUUACAUGCACUCAGUGUGGAAAGAGUUUUUCCCAAGCAUCAAGUCUCAGACAUCAUCUGCUCUGUCAUUCCGGAGAAAAGCCAUUUAACUGUGAUCAUUGUGGUAAAGAUUUUAAUUCAUCAUCAUAUCUAAAACAACACCUGAAAUUUCAUUCAGGUGAGAGGCCUUAUGUGUGCUUUUUCUGUGGAAAUAGUUUUUUGUGGCUGAACAGUUUUAAACAGCACCAGAAAACCCAUAAUGAAAGGAGAGAUCAUGUGUGUUGUGAUUGUGGGAAGAGCUUUAUUACAUCUAGUCAUUUGAAACGGCACCAAAGAAUUCAUACUGGAGAAAAACCUUACAAGUGCUCAUAUUGUGACAAGAGUUUCGCUCAUUCCGGGACCCUGAAAUCACAUGAGCGAGCUCAUACUGGAGAGAAGCCGUACCACUGUACUGAGUGUGGCAAGAGUUUCAAACAUAAAAGAAGCCUUCUGACACACAUGAAGAAAUGUCAUAAGACGUCACAAUCGGUAACAUUUCAUUUUCAUGUCAAAUACGUUCAAGUAAAUGGAACAAAAUGAACAAAAUAUGGUGUUUCCCCCAAAAGCACAAUAUCAUCUAGUUUAACUUUGAAUUUGGCAACUAGAACUAGAAGACUUGUUCGCAGUGUAAUGGCCACCUAACGUUAAAUAUUGUUCAUGACAUCAAUGUUGACGUGUCUUUAAGAUGAAUUCUUGUAUAAACCCUGUUCUUUGACUUAGUAUUGGUGCUAUUGCAAUGACUCUUAAUGCAUUACUUGUAGAAAUUGAAGAAUUACCUUUUUUACUUAAGACAAUUAAAGAUGUCACUGACA